AAUACAGGUUAAUAUGUCUACCGAAAUGGAGAAAUUAAAAAAGUUACGUGUUAUACGCUCACAGUGCAAAGGAACCAUUACAAGAAUCGACAGUUUUGUCAAGGAUCCCGUAGCUUUGGCAGCCGCCAGCGCCGAUAUAUUAGAGGCGCGUAAAGAGAAGCUUAUUUCCACCUUAAAAGAUUACGAAAAGGUGCAAAUGGACAUCCUAAGCAUUGAUGAAGGCGACGGUGAACAGGGCCACAACACAUUGCUGCAUCAGGAGCGCAAUGUGCAUGUGGACAAGCCCAGGACAAAUAAUGAUGACAGUCAGCAGCCACUAUCAUCCGAUGCUGGUGAGUUUGACAUUGCUGUUAAUACUAUUUUAAAUUGUGUGUCCGAUAGUGGUGUUUUGCUGCCAACCAUAAAGGUCAAAUUAAUAACUAAAAAUAAUGAAGAGGUGACAUGCAAGGCAUUACUGGAUACUGCAUCUCAAGGCAGUUUUAUACGUUCAGAUUUAGUAAGCAGGCUUGGCUUAAAACCGAUGAUGGAACCAAACAAUAUUAUUGGUUUCCGUAAACAACUAUGUAAAGUGAAUGAGUAUGUAAUUUUGACUCUUCAGUCUUGUAAAAAUAAUGUUAAAAUAAUAUUAAAAUGUCAUAUUAGUGAUGAAAUUACUUCCAAACUGCCUCAAAGAACAUUAGAUGUAUCUAAAUAUCAUAUCCCAAAAAAUAUAACUUUAGCUGAUGACACAUUUUACAUUACAAAUGAUAUCCCUCUGUUGCUUGCAGCAAACAUCUAUUUUGCUAUAUUGUUGCAGGGCUGCAUUAAAACUGAAAAUGGACCGGUAUUUCAGAAUACCAUGUUAGGAUAUGUUGUUGGAGGAAGUAUCCCCGAGCAAGGUACUACAUGUAAUAUUGUAACAAAUUUAAUUAAUAUAUCUGAUGGUGAAAAAUUGGAAAAUGUAAUGGAGCAAUUUUGGCUCUCUGAAAAGCUUCCUGAAGUGGAAAAAUCUACAAAUGAUGAGUUUAUUCAAGCUGAAAAAAUAUUUCAGGACUCUGUAUCACUAAAAGACAAUAUAUUUUAUGUUGAUAUGCCAUUAGCUUUCCCCAUGGAAGAGUUAGGCCUAGGUGACUCAUUUUCUGUUGCCUAUAAUAGAUUCAUAAUGUUAGAAAAAAGGUUACAAAAAGAUCCUUUGUUAUUUGAACAAUAUAAAAAAUUUAUUGACCUAUAUCUGGAAUUAGGACAUGCAAAGAUAGUUGAUAUUGAGGGUUAUGAUUUAAAUGGUCCUGUGUUUUUUCUAGGACACCACUGCGUGUUCAAUCCUUCCAGUCGAACCUCACCUCAUCGUGUGGUCUUUGAUGGAUCAAUGAGAUCUAGAAAUGGGACAUCGCUGAAUCAAGUCAUGCUGAACGGACCUGUUGUACAGAGUGAGCUCUUUGAUAUCCUUAUUUUAUUCAGGACUUAUCCCUUUAUUUUAACUUGUGACAUUCAAAAAAUGUUUCGCAAUGUUUUUAUUAAUGAACAUCAACGCGGACUUCAAAACAUUUUAUGGCGCGAAUCGCCCAAAGACCCUAUCAACUGCUUGCAGCUUCAAACUGUUACAUACGGUUUAAAAUCGAGUACAUUUUUAGCUACAAGAGCUCUAAAUGAGCUAGCAAAUAUGCAUAAGGAUCAAUUUCCUUUGGCCGCUCAGGCUAUUUAUAAAAAUACAUUUGUUGAUGAUGUGUUGACUGGCGCUGAUGAUGUAGAGACACUUCAAGAGCUGAAAAGGCAAAUUGUAGAGCUUCUGGAGUUAGGUAGUUUCUCAUUACAUAAAUGGUGCUCGAACCACGCUCCAAUUUUAAGCGAUAUACCAGUUGAGCACAGACAAAUUGAUAGUGUAGAGAUAGGUCAAAACGACACCGUGAAGACAUUAGGUCUCACACUCGAAAUAAACUCAGAUAAAUUGAGUUUCUCUUGUCCUGCGGUUGAUGACGCAACAAUACUGAAUACAAAAAGAAAAAUUCUCAGCUUUAUAGGGAAAAUGUUUGACCCACUUGGUUUAAUUGGCCCAGUAAUUGUGGUGGCCAAACUAUUCAUGCAAGAACUCCAUAGCUCUAUGCGUAAAGAUUGGGACUCUACAAUCCCAAAUGAAAAGUUCCUAUACUGGUCAAACUUUUUAAAUAAUUUAAAACAAAUGGGUCAAAUUAAAAUAGAUAGAUGUGUAAAUUUUAAAUUAGUAUCACAUGUAGAGCUAAUAGGGUAUGCCGAUGCAUCUCUUAAAGCUUUCGGGAGCUGUCUCUAUCUAAGAGUUUUUAUGACUGAUGGCUCGGUUCAAGUGAACUUGUUGUGUUCCAAAUCCCGUGUGUCCCCACUUUCUAAAUCUCACACCAUACCUCAAUUGGAGCUUUCUGCUGCUCUACUUUUAGCGCAAUUGGCAAGUAGAGUCAGUAAGAUUUUAAAAGAUAGAGUUCCUCAUAAAAUGUAUCUUUAUAGUGAUUCCCAAAUCGUAUUGUGGUGGAUCAAAACAGAGGCAGUAAAAAGUACUAUAUAUGUAAAAAAUAGAGUCAAACAAAUAGUAGAGCUUACUGAAAACUCACAAUGGCUGUAUGUUAGGUCAAAAGAUAAUCCUGCUGACUUAUUAUCAAGGGGAGUCGAACCACAUAAGCUGCAGGAGUGUGAUUUAUGGUGGCAUGGUUCGCCAAGUCUUUGUGAUGUAAAUUAUACACAUACAAACUUAGAAGAAUUUAAUUAUGACGAUAUCAUGACACAUGUAGACUCGCAUGGUGCUUCAUUGAAUGCGUCUUCUAACGAUGUAGAGGGAAUUUUGUGCCAUACCACAAAUGUAGAGCCUCUAGAUUUAUUAAAAAAUUAUUCUAACUUGAAUAAACUUCAAAGAGUAAUAGGCUUUAUUUAUAGAUUUUACAAUAACUGCUUGAACAAAGACAACAAAAUAACAAGUAGAAAUUUAACUUCUAGGGAAUUGCGUGACUCUAUGUUUAAGAUAGUACGUUGUACACAGGCAGAGCAUUUUAGUAAAGAAUUAGUCCUGCUCUCAAAAAAUAAGCCUGUGACAAUUAGUGAUCAAUUAGCAUUUCUAGAUAAAAACGGUGUAAUUAGAGCCGUGGGGAGACUGCAAAAUGCAGAGAACCUGUCUUAUGACAAGCGGCAUCCGACUAUACUUCCAAAAAACUCCUUUAUUACCGAUCUCAUUAUAGAACGAGAGCACUUAAGACUUAUGCAUGCAGGCGCUAGGCUAGUAUUAGGCUCUCUAUCACAGAGACAUCAUCUGGUGAAUGGUAUACGAGAGGUAAAAAAGGUGGUGCAUAAAUGUAUAAAAUGUAUACGUAUGAAAGCUGAAGCAGCAAAGCAGUUGAUGGGAGAUCUUCCUAAAGAAAGAAUCACUCAGAGCAGGCCCUUUCAGCAUGUAGGAAUUGAUUUCUGCGGUCCGUUUAACGUAAAGGUCUCUCGCAUUAGAAAACCUAUUAUUACAAAAGGCUACAUCGCGCUUUUUGUUUGCUUUGCUGUAAAAGCGAUACACUUAGAACUUGUUUCUGAUCUCACGACUGAAACUUUCUUAGCAUGUCUUAAACGAUUUAUUUCUCGGCGUGGCAUGCCCACAAACAUAUUUUGUGACAAUGCAAAAACCUUCAAAGGUGCUUCUAAUACAUUAAAAGACUUGUAUGACCUAUUUUCCUCCAAAGAUUGUAGAGACUCUGUCAACAAAUAUUGCUUAAAUAACUAUAUAACAUUUAAUUGGAUACCGAGUUAUUCUCCAACGUUUGGAGGAAUUUGGGAAAGUGGCGUUAAAAGUGUAAAACACCACUUUAAAAGAAUAGUAGGCAAUCUAUGUUUGACCUACGAACAACUAAACACUGUAAUCAUAGAGAUUGAAGGCAUUUUGAACAGUAGACCUAUACUAUCUGCUAUUUCUAAUGAUUGUGAUUAUAUAACUCCUGGACACUUCAUUUGUGGCGCAGCCUUGACUGCUUAUCCUGAAAUAGAUCUCACUGAAACCUCAGUAAAUCGGGUUCCAUUUUGGAAAAUGUGCACUAAGCUUAAGCAAGACUUUUGGAAAACUUGGUCUCAAAGUUAUUUGACCCAGCUACAAAGCCGCCCCAAAUGGAAAUACCAGCAAACUAAUUUAAAGGAAGGUGAUUUGGUAAUUGUAAAGAAUAUGAACACCUCUCCAUUAAAUUGGCCAAUGGCUCGUAUAGUAAAAACGUUCCCUGGUAGGGACGGAUUAGUAAGGGUAGCUGAUGUUAAGAUUAAUAAUAAGACAUUUCGUAGAGCCAUAACUAAAUUAUGUCCUUUACCUGUAAUGUAGUAUUAAUAACUUGCCUUAUGUUUAGGUUUCUAUUGGCGGGUCCACUCUUUACCUGUAUGUAAUAUUGCCUGGCCCCAACUAUGUUUAAUACAAAACAUAUAGAGUGUAAACUUAGCUUAAGUAUUUUUAUUAUAUAGCAACACAUUUGUAGUUGCCUUAAAAAUGUAUAUGGCAACUCUCUCUCUUCCUUCUCGAUCCGAACUAACCGGCACGUCCC